CCCUUACAACUUCUUCUUCAUUACUAGCUCUCGAGCCUUAGCAGGAUUUCUAGAAAAGCAGCAUAAUGGGUUUCUUCUCCUUUCUCGGCAGAGUCCUCUUCGCUUCCCUCUUCAUUCUCUCCGCUUGGCAAAUGUUCAAUGAAUUUGGUGAAGAUGGUGGCCCUGCUGCAAAGGAGUUGAUCCCUAAGCUUGCAAUAGUCAAGAAACAUCUUUCUUCAACAUUGGGGAUAGGAAUGCCUGAUAUUGAUCCUAGACAUCUUGUAGCAGUCAUUCUUUCCUUAAAAGGUCUCGGAGGUUUUCUCUUUGUUUUCGGGACCCCAUUUGGUGCAUAUCUCCUGCUUGUCCACCUGGCGGUUUCAUCUCCGCUUCUCUAUGACUUCUACAAUUACGACAAAGACGAGCCCGAGUUUUCAACUCUCCUACAUCAAUUUUUGCAGAGUGUUGCACUUUUUGGUGCAUUACUUUUCUUCAUAGGGAUGAAAAACUUGAUUCCGAGGAGGCAAAUCAAGAAGAAGGCUCUGAAAGCAAAGGCGAACUAAACUGCUGAAGUUUAUCGGGUGUCAACUCGCUGCACAUUGCUUGUCUGUGGAUGUUCAUUUCUUGAGCUCUCAAUGUUGUAGUUUCUUUUUUGGGUUGUUAGAUUGAUAGUGAUUAUUAAUGGGGUGAGACAUUGCCAUCUCACUGCCGGACUUGCUCAUUUUUACGUUAAAUCCAAUAGAGCAAGAAUUUUUGUCAUUUUCAGCACUUUUUGAUGUUCCGACUGUAUUGAGCUUUGUAGCAGGUCAAUCCUUUAUAUUUUUUA